AUGGCACAAUCUACUACAAAUGAAACACCUAAAAUUUCAUUUAUCACAAGUAAUAAAAAUAAACGUCUUCUCUUAAUCGAUGGUUACGUUUAUCAACUAAACAAAUCCACAUCGAAGGUGUGUUAUUGGAAAUGUGAGGAAAAAACAUGUUGGGCAGGUGUUCAUCUUGAUAAUAAUGAUAAAUUUAUUAAGUUUAUCACAUCUGAUCAUACUCCUAUGCCCAUUCCUGAACGACUAGAGGUUCGCAAGCUGAUGACAAAUGUAAAAGCUCGAAUCAAUAGUGAAACAACAGCUAUCGGUCAGAUUUACAAUGAAGAACUAGUAAAAGCAAAUUUAUCAAAAUCUGCUCUUGCUGUUGCUGCUACUGCUCGACAAGCUAAUUCUGCACUUAAUCAAGCUCGUCGAUUAACAACACCUACUCUUCCCACCUCCAUUGACUUUGAUAUCCCAUCUAAAUAUAAACGAACAACUAAUGGUGAACGAUAUUUAUUAACUGAUCGUGUUCAGCAUCGCGAUGGUAAAGUUAUCAAUCGAAUCAUUCUCUUUGCCACCGAUGAACAACUUCGUACUCUCUUCACCUGUUCUCAUAUCUUAUUAGAUGGUACUUUUGAUUCAUCUCCUCCUCAUUUUGAUCAGAUUUAUUCAAUUCACGGUAUCAACAAUGAUCAUAACUUUGUUUGUGCUAUUGCUGUACUUGGUGGUCGAUCUGGUAUUAUAUACAAAGAGCUGUUCUCGAUUCUUACUCAACAUGCUCGUCGACUUAAUCUUCAAUUUCGACCAUCAAAAAUCUCAUCCGAUUUUGAACCUGCUCUUGUUAAGACGGUGGCAGAUGAACUGCCUAACGCUCGUCAUGUUGGAUGUAAUUUUCACUUUGUUAAAGCAGUUUAUCGACAAAUACGACAACUUGGUUUAACUAUUGUUUAUCGUGAUGAUGAAGCUGCACGUUCAACUGCACGGCAACUUAUGGCACUUGCACUUAUUCCCGUCGAAAAAGUUGAGGAUGCUUUUGAACAAAUUGCAAGUGAAGCUCCACAUUCAAUUGAACCAUUAAUCGAAUACUUUAAUGGAUAUUGGAUGACAAAGGUGAAGUGGAGCUUAUGGAAUGUUG